AUGGCCGAAAAAUGCGCACAGGCCGGAUGUUCCCAAUGGGCUUUGAGUGGUAGCCGCUACUGUAGCAGUCAUAAACCCCCCGGAUCCCAGCAAAGACCUGCUAUGGAACUCGACAUCAACCGAGCCCGGAUUCAGGUUCCCGAUGUUGCAAGUGACAGUGAGAAGUGUAAAGCUGUCUGA